UGUGUAGUUAACUCGUUUAUGAAAACUGCUGGCUUUCUCGCUUUAGGAUUUUACCCGAAAUUUCAUUUUAUUUAUUUGUCGAUGUAGAUUUUAAAAUAAAAUCCAUUAAAUACUAACACAUUAAAUGAGGCAAAGGCACUGAAGCCUGAAUUAUGAACUAAGAGUUGCAUGUAUCUAAAACGACAAAGAGAUUGUGACUUCGACCGCAACAUUCCCGACCGGGAGGGAGCUCUACAAAUGGAGCAACACAGCAAUCAUAAUAACUCAAAAUUGUUCAUUUGUACGGCCGUUGAUUUUCGAGACGAAUUGGAAGAGCGAUUUGAACGUGCCUACCUAAGUUUACAACAGCAAAUCAAUGGACUCAAUGAAAAGGAUAUGCAUGACAUUUUGUCACAACUCGUCUGCAAGGAAAAGCAACAUGAGGAUAUUUCAAUAGGAUUUUUGUACACAAUGCUUACCGAUCCUGCCAUGGCGCCAAAAGCUUACCGAGACUUGACACUUGUCGCGCGCGACGGAAUGAACAUGGUUGUAUCAAAUCUUACGAUGCUUGUGGCUGAAAAAUAUGGAAAAUUAACCGAUGUAGCACGCCGUCAGCUCAUAUGGUUACUUCGCGAGCUUGUGAAACAUCAGGUUCUAUUGGUAGAAAAUAUUGUGUGGAAUUGUCUUAGACAAGCAGGUGGUGGUGACGUUUCAAUCAAAAAUAUAUUCCUAGUAGAAGGCUUAUUGGACAUCUUCAUUGAGUAUCGUGCCUGGUUAGAGUCACAGGCAUUCCUCGUGCAGACAGUUGUGUACAGCUAUGUUCGACUUAUAGAAGAUCAUGCGAGUCCAUCCUUAACUGCUCUCAGGCAAAAAGAAGUAAAGUUUAUAAUAUCUUUGAUUCGUGAUCGAUUCUUGGACAUAAUACCUUUGGGUAGAGAUUUUGUCAGACUCUUGCAAAAUGUUGCGCGAGUACCCGAAUUCGAACAAUUAUGGCGCGAUAUUUUACAUAAUCCCGAAAGUCUACAUCCGACAUUCACGGGGAUUUGGCAACUUUUACAAACACGUACAAGUAGGCGGUUCCUGCAAAGUCGUUUAACGCCAGAAAUAGAACGGAAACUAACCUUUCUUGCGUCUUCGGUUAAAUUUGGAAAUCAAAAACGUUACCAGGACUGGUUCCAGGACAAAUAUUUUGCAACACCAGAAUCGCACAGUUUGCGUUCAGACUUAAUCCGUUUUAUAAUAAAUGUGAUUCAUCCUACAAAUGAUAUGCUUUGUUCGGAUAUAAUACCGCGAUGGGCUAUAAUUGGCUGGCUAAUAUCAUCUUGUACAAACCCCAUUGCAUUAGCUAAUGCAAAGCUUUCCCUUUUCUACGAUUGGCUCUUUUUUGAUCCGAUUAAGGAUAAUAUCAUGAACAUUGAACCGGGUAUUUUAGUAAUGUAUCAUUCAAUACGAAAUCAUCCAUUUGUAAGCAGUACGUUAUUGGAUUUUCUUUGUCGCAUAAUGAAAAAUUUCGAUGUGCGGCACGAGGAUAAGAUACGUACAGGCGUAUAUAAUUCAUUAAAUAAGAUUCUCGAAAAGCAGGUCAUUCCAAACUUACAGCCACUAUUCGAAUCUCCGAAGUUGGAUCGAGAAUUGCGUAAUUUGAUUCGAGAAAAUUUUCGUGAAUUCGUAUCACCCACCCAUCCUGCGGCACCACUGGUAGCAAUGCCUGCGUUUAAAAAGGAAGCAGAUCAACGUAUACUGCAUAGAGGGCAAGCCUUCUUCGGAGGUCCAUUGGCACAGCAACAUGAAAUAAAUCUACAAAAUAAUUUUCAGCUUGGUUCUAGUGUGAUCGAUUUAGAAACGCAAGGCGUCAUCGAAACAAGCGGGAUAGGCAGUGGUGGUAGUGGUGGUGUCGGUGGUACACCUAUCAUCGAAGAUGAUAAUAAACUAACGGUUAUAUCACCUGAAAGUAAUGAUAUUGAAACCGAAGCUGCUUUCAGCGAAGAUGACGAAGAUAUGUCGAAAGAUGUCAAGAACGAGGAACUUACGGAUGAUGAUGAUGAUUUACCUUUAUCAAAAGUGCGAUUAAAAGAGAAGCCGAUACCGGAGAAAAUAGAUCUACCCGCCUCCAUCAGUGACUCAUUCGAAACUUUCGUCACAAAACGCAACUCAUUUACGUGGGAAGCUUUCUUGGCGGACUUUCGAACAUUACCCGCCUCCGCAUUGGAUGAAACACAGUUGAAUUACGUGAUCUCGAAUACGCAUUUAAUCUUACGCGAAACAUUGCCACAACAAAAUAUUUUUACUGACAGUAAAACAGAUGAAAAAAAUUUGGCAAAGAGUAUAAGCUAUCCACUUUUUGGAUUGUUUCGCUUUCUGUAUGAAAAUGAUGAGAAGAGCAAAAAACCAUUUCAAACAUUGCUUGCAGAGGUAUGCGAGCGGAUUCCCGAAAUCGGUUACUUGUUACUCUAUUUCAUGAAAGUUCACGUCAAACUGCAAACACGGAAAAAUAGCCAACAAGCAGCUCAAUUUAAAACUCCUAUUUAUCGCAUGCUGUGUGAGGCGAGUGGCGAAAAGAUAGACGACUGCCUAGCACGUGAUCUAGAUAUGCUAGAAAAGGAAAGUACGGCAAUAUUCCUGUGGUUGUUACCGGACAUUUAUCGCGAGUUCAAAAGUACAGCCAUAAACAACAACGAAUUGCUGCGUAUCACAUUGAGGUGUAUUGAUGCGAAGAACUUGCGUGACCUGAUCUAUUAUGUGGCGCAGGGAAAACUUACUCUCUUUAAGCAAGAUGGACUGAUCGAUUGCUUGCGAGAAAGCUUGGUUUAUGAAACAUUUGAACAACUAAGUCUCUGGCAAUUGGUGCAAGCGCACGAUGUCCCACUUAAGUGUUUACAGGAUAUCUUACCCGAGCUAGAGUCCUCAAGUCAUCCAGAAGCUCUCAGCUAUAUGCUCUUAUGGCUUAAAAACGAGGAACCGACAAAUGAACUGAUACGCCUUUUGCUCAGUAGAGAGACAAAGUCUCGAGGCGAUCCGUUCGUAACUUCGGCUCUACGCUUCUGGUGUCAGCGGGGCGAGGAAAAAUUGUCAGAAAUCAUAGCAUCACUGCUCACAUCGAAGUAUCCCAGCUCCUCUCCGAACAAGCGGAAAAGGCUUACGAAAGGUAGUUCAGGAUUGAGUAGUCUACCCUCCGCCGAUCAGGUGCUAAGUCACUUAGAGCAUUAUCGACGAAGUUGUAGGCACGGCACGGGCACUGGGCUUUACGUUUACGAUACCAUGCAACGUGCACUACAGGCGGCAUAUACACAUAGUAAUGAAAGCACAAAAAAGCAAUACAGCGAUUUAUUUGCGCUAGCUGCUGAGGACGAAACAACCGCCGUGGGGAGACGUGGUGGCAGUGGGCGUGGUAGAAAGCAACCAACUAGUAAAAAAGAUACAAACAACCAUAGUACGAGCAAUAAGAAAAACUCGGAUCCAGUUAAAACCAUUUACUCAUCGGAUGAGGAAUCAAGCGAAGAGGACUGGCCGAAGCAAAAGAUUUCACAAGCCAAGAAGCGGAAAAAAACUAUUAACGAUUCUGACUGACAGUAUCAACAAGGGUUUUAUUGUUAUGAAGUAGAUCCAUAUAGUAAUGAGAAAGAUUUUUCUAAUUAAAUUGUUUAAAUAAAAAUAAAAUAAAAAGUAUAAACUAAAAUAAAAAAUAAUAAUGCCAAUGUAAAUGUUUCAAGUGUUGAAAUAUUCACGUUAUAUUUUUUUAUUUUUCAUCAAAAAUAGAACUAAAAAGUCGUAAGAAACUUACAAUAAGUCGAAAUAUACAUAUAAAAGUGCGAUAAUCACCGAAACAAUAUAAAUGAAUGUACUACCUUUUUAUUCAAAUUACCACCACACAACAAAUAUUACAAAUGCAUUUGUAUUUUUUCAAUACUACCAUGUAUGUAAUAUGUAUUGUAGGCAAUUUUUUUUAUUAAGAAUUUUGUGAGUUGCCUUGUUUUAUGCGUUAUAGUACUAGUACCAAUACCACUUCAUUCAUGGAAGUCAAAUUAUGUUUUGAUUGUCUUUAGCUAGACAUGUUGUUUACUUUGUAUCAACCUGUAAGUAUUUUCCUAAACCAGUAAUGUCACCGACAGUGAUAACAAAUCAAGAAAUAAAGCUAUAUUCGUACAGUUGAUCGUACAUACAUAUA